GAUCACACAGGUGACAAUGUUCAGGACAGAUGGUGACCCCAUCAUGUUCCUCUUUGUGAUUCUGGGACUGCUGGUCUGCAGUGAAGCUCAAGAGACUCCUGUGUUUAAGCAAACAGGAACGGAUUUACUCCUGGAUGUAAAGGAAGUUACCCUAGAAGAAGGACACGAUUUAACAUGGCUUUUUAAUGGCAGAACUACUAUUGGAAGACUAUUUCAUGGUGGUAAACCAAUAAUUUUGGGGAGUUAUAAAUCAAGAGCUGAAUUUUUUGAACAAAAUCACACUCUGCUGUUGAAGAAUGUUCAGCUGAGUGACAGUGGAGUUUACACAGCACGUGUUAACAGUGACAGAGUCACUGUUGUAGCCAAACACAAGCUCACAGUUCAGGAUCCAGUGUCUAGAGUAGAACUGACGGUGAAAUCCUGCAGCUCAGACUGGUCUAACCUCACAGUGAUCUGCAGAAGUCUGGACUCUCUCAUCAGCAGCACGUUCACAUGUAGAAACCAAACCUGCUCUCAUGACGGAGGAGAGGGAACCACACCUGGUGCUUCUCUGGACGUCUACCUGGAGAACGGCUCUGUCAUCUGUAACCAUAGCAACCAGGUCAGCUCGGAAGAGGAUUUCAUAAAGAUAGAAGAUCUUUGUGGAGAAACUCCUGAACAUCUCCAGACUCAGAUCAUCACUCACAGACUCAGUUGCAGAGACACUCAUACACUCAUUCAUCAGCUAUGUCUGGCCCUGGACAGGCUCCAAUACAUCCAAAACUCUGGUUCUUACCCGCACAAGGCCCUGGCAGCACAUCACCCCUACCCUCAUCCACCUCCACUGGCUCCCAAGUCACACAGUGGUUCUGGUCUCUCGCUCUGCAUGCUGAAGAUCAUCGUGGUCUCAGUCGGUCUCUUCAUCAUGGUGUGUGCCGUCAUCAGUGUUCACGUCUUUGAGAGGCUCAAGAAGAAAGAAUGA